AUGGAAACAACCGCUGAGCCCCUUCAGGACCCCUCGGAUAACGCAAACGAUGUCGUCUCCGACGACUCCUCACCAGAGACCGAUCUCAACGAUCACCAAAACUCACCGGAAAACAACCUCCCACCUUCGUCAGAAACCCACUCUCCACUUCCCAAUACAACAAUUGAAGCUCCAGUUUCAGACUCCCAAGACGACUCUUCUGACCCCAUCCAACAACCCGAAAACCCUAACUCCAUAUUCCCUGCUCCACCACCCAAAAAACGACGCCGUAGAAAACGCUUCUUCACGGAAAUCAACGGUAAUCCCUCGUUCCGCCGCCACAAAAUUGGCGGCGGCCUUUCAAAAGAAGUCGAUGUGGAAGCAUUAAUCGCAAUCUCCGUCGGUUUUCCUGUCGAUUCGCUAACCGAGGAAGAAAUUGAAGCUAAUGUAGUGUCUACGAUUGGGGGCACGGAGCAAGCUAAUUAUAUUGUGGUGAGAAACCAUAUUCUUACUCGUUGGAGAUCUAAUGUCUCUGUUUGGUUAACUCGUGAUCAUGCGCUUGAGUCAAUUCGGGCUGAGCACAAAGCAUUGGUGCAUUCUGCUUAUAAUUUUCUGCUACAGCACGGCUACAUUAACUUUGGCGUGGCGCCGGCUAUUAAAGAAGCACAAUUGAAAUUAAACGAGGGAGCAGAGAGAGCCAACGUGGUUGUUGUGGGUGCGGGACUCGCGGGGUUGGUUGCGGCGAGACAGUUAAUGGCUAUGGGUUUUAAGGUUGCUGUUUUAGAAGGGAGGGCGCGGCCGGGUGGGCGUGUAAAGACGAUGAAAAUGAAGGGUGAAGGAGUGGUGGCUGCGGCCGAUGUUGGUGGGAGUGUUCUCACUGGAAUAAAUGGGAAUCCACUUGGAGUUCUUGCAAGGCAAAUGGGAUUGCCGCUACAUAAGGUGAGAGAUAUUUGUCCUUUGUAUUUACCGGAUGGGAAGGCUGUUGAUUCUGAGAUUGAUUCUAGGAUAGAGGCUUCUUUUAAUAAGUUGUUAGAUAGAGUUUGUAAGCUUAGACAGGCUAUGAUUGAGGAAGUUAAAUCUGUAGAUGUUAAUCUAGGAACUGCGCUUGAAGCGUUUAGGCAUGUUUAUAAGGUGGCUGAGGAUCCACAAGAGCUGAUGUUGUUAAAUUGGCAUCUUGCGAAUUUGGAAUAUGCAAAUGCUUCGUUAAUGUCUAAUUUGUCUAUGGCAUAUUGGGAUCAGGAUGAUCCUUAUGAAAUGGGGGUGAUCAUUGUUUUAUUCCAGGAGCUUGCCAAGGACCUUCCAAUUUUCUACGAGAGGACUGUGGAGAGUAUAAGGUAUGGAGUUGAUGGGGCUAUUGUUUAUGCGAGUGGACAGGAGUUUCGUGGAGAUAUGGUGCUCUGCACGGUCCCAUUGGGGGUGCUUAAGAAGGGAUCCAUUGAAUUUGUCCCUGAGCUUCCACAAAGAAAGAAAGAUGCAAUUCACAGGCUAGGAUAUGGGUUGCUAAAUAAGGUGGCUUUGUUGUUUCCCUAUAAUUUUUGGGGAGGAGAAAUUGAUACAUUUGGUCAUUUGACAGAAGAUUCAAGCAUGAGAGGCGAGUUUUUCCUGUUUUAUAGCUAUUCUUCUGUUUCAGGGGGUGCUCUUCUAAUUGCGCUAGUUGCUGGGGAUGCUGCAGUUAAGUUUGAGACCAUGUCUCCAGUGGAGUCUGUGAAAAGGGUCCUAGGCAUAUUGCGUGGUAUUUUCCAUCCAAAAGGAAUUGUUGUUCCAGAUCCAGUUCAAUCAGUCUGUACUCGCUGGGGAAAAGAUUGCUUCGCAUAUGGAUCUUAUUCUCAUGUUGCAGUGGGGUCUUCAGGAGAUGAUUAUGAUAUUCUUGCUGAGAGUGUAGGGGAUGGAAGAGUUUUCUUUGCAGGAGAGGCAACUAACAAACAGUAUCCAGCAACAAUGCAUGGAGCUUUUCUCAGUGGGAUGAGAGAGGCAGCUAAUAUAUUGAGAGUGGCCAACAGAAGGUCAUUAGCUUUGACCAGCAAAGUAAAUAAUGGCCUCAAGGAAAUUGAUGAUUUGAACAAAUUAUAUGACACCCCUAAUCUGACCUUCGGGAGCUUCUCUAUUUUGUUCGAUCCCAGGUCCAAUCAUAGUGAAUCUCUGUCAUUGUUGAGGGUCAAAUUACAAGGGGGACAGUCAGAUUCUUGUUUUCUAUCUCUUUAUGGUUUGACUUCAAGGAAGCAGGCAAUUGAACUUAGUGAGCUGCAAGAUGAUGGAAAGAGGAUGGAGAUGUUGUAUCAUAACUUUCAGAUAAGGUUAGUUGGAAGAAAAGGUUUGCCUAAUGCUGGGGAAUCUCUUAUCACAUACAUCAAAGAGGCUAGAUCUAAACUAAAUGUAGGGAAUUGA